GGCGGCGGGUCGCGAGGCGGUUCCCGGGUCCCCCGUCCGGCCACGCACGCGGCGGGCUCUGUUUAGCUUUGGGGGCCCUCCCUCGUUGCUAGGCAGCGCCCGCGCCCUCUGACCCGCCGUGGCCCCGCCCCUCGCUCCCAUAGCUACCGAGGGAGGCGGCGGCCAUCUUGGCGGCGGCGGGGCGAUGAGCGGCUCGAAGGCGAGGGCGGCGGCGGCGGGGCCGGAGAAGAAGCCGCCGCCGGGGACCGGGGGGGCGCUCAGCCGCCUGCGGGGGCGGCGCGGUUCGGCCGACGCGGCGCCGCGGCCGCCGUGGACCGAGUCCGAGCUGCUGGCGCUGGAGACCGUCCGGCCCGAGCACGUCCUGGGGCUGUGCCGGGUGACGGAGAAUUAUUUAUGCAAACCUGAGGACAACAUUUACAACAUUGACUUCACCAGAUUUAAGAUCCGGGACCUUGAAACUGGAACAGUGCUGUUUGAAAUUGCGAAGCCAUCCGCUUCAGAGCAAGAUGACGAGGAUGAAGAUGACAGCAGUGAACUGGACGCUAGUGCAGGCCGCUUUGUUCGUUACCAGUUCACCCCAGCAUUUCUCCGUCUUCGUACUGUUGGUGCAACAGUGGAAUUCACAGUGGGAGAAAAACCAGUGUCAAACUUUCGAAUGAUUGAGAGACAUUACUUCCGAGAUCGCUUGCUGAAGAACUUUGACUUUGAUUUUGGCUUCUGCAUCCCCAGUAGCAGGAACACAUGUGAACACAUCUAUGAAUUCCCCCAGCUCUCAGAAGACCUUAUUCGUCUGAUGGUUGAAAAUCCAUACGAGACCCGCUCAGACAGCUUUUACUUUGUGGAUAACAAGCUGAUUAUGCACAACAAGGCCGACUAUGCUUACAAUGGAGGACAGUAAUCAUUCUAUGUCCUCUGGAUGCUGUGACGCCGUUAACUGUUCCGCAUGUCCAGGAGUGGACUGGAGUUGCUGUCUCGUGCAACAAGGCUUCUUGCUAAACCUUUUCUCCUUGCAUGAGGCUGGAAACAUGAAGCGAAGACGACAGCUCCUGAAAGUAAAGGAAAUCUCCCUGCAACACUUCUCUAUCCAAUACUCAACAUAUCCUGCCUCUCAUUCUCUAUUUCUGGUUACCUUCUGGUACCUUGGUUAGGUCAUGGGUCAGAGGCGCUGUUAGAAAAUUACUGCUGUUACAGUCUUUGUAGUUAGAUUGCACUUUUAGUGCUUCUGAUGUUUCACCUUUUGGGUGACUACCCUCUUGCAAGAGGUCAGAUUUUUUGGGUAAGCUAUUUCUUAGCAGGAAAAGUUUCCCCCUUCAAGUAGCCAGUGACGCCUGAAGAGCAGAUCUCUUCUUCAGUUGGAUAGAUCAUCUCUUUAGUGCACAGUGGUUUAGUUCGUAGCAUGGCUGAGAUUGCUUUUUAGGGUGCAUCCCAAUAUUCUCCAGUGGGAAAGAUAAAAUAAGAGACUAAUUCAGCUUCUAAGCAGUGCAGGAAUCUUCCUUCUGCCUCCAGGGGCCAGAGCUGCCCCUCAGAACAGUUUAAUCUGUGUUUUGCCAGAGAUUUUGCUACAGAUACGAGACAGGGGAAAAAAGGGGCUUUAUACAGGUUGGUUGUGGAGUCAGUUUGACAGCAUUUCUGUUUGAGUUCUUGUGAGCAAAUCGUUGAAUUUUGGAGCUCAGGGGUCAACCUUAGAGCUGAGGUUAAUCUCGGUAUAUUUACCAUUUCUCCUGCUUCCCUUUGUGUAGGAAUUUUGGCUCUUGCUACAGAAUGUAUUGCUUUUUAGAUUGACAGCAUGUUGUCAGUCUAGCUGGGGUGGAGGGGAGGUGUCAGUUUAGUGGGGCUUAGAGGGAAAGGGGAGAAUAUGGAAAAUCACUUGAAAAAUGUGGAGGAAGCAGAGCUUCCUGUAGGCUUCAAUCUCUGUACUUUUAAACCUGAAUGAUCUGUCAGAGGUGCUGGAAGGAGAAACAGUGGUGUUCUCAGCUCGUUCGCUUUCUUUCAGUUGAGGUAUUAGUAGCUAAAAGCUUCCCAGGUCAAAUCACUCAGUGUUACGGAGUGAGAUUCUUAGAGAGUGACAACUGACAUGGCUCUCUUUUCACUUGAGCUCCCAUGGCUGCUUUGCCUACUUAGCUGCUUAUUUAUGGUUUAGGGAGUUCUUCUGCCAAGUUAGUUACCGCCAGACCAGAGGGUGUAUUUCACAGCCGCAUUUGGGAUCUGGUGACAGGAAGUGGCAUCAUGUGGUGAGGAGACCCAUGUCUUCCCAGCAGCCAUGCUGGGGCCCAGCUCCUGACCAUGUAAAAUCUCAGCUAACAAACCCCUUUUCUACCUAUUUUGCCAGCUUUCAAGACCAGCAUUUUGUCUGUCCUCUCACUGGGCUGGUCGUUUGUGCCUCUUGUAUGUGGGAGAUAGGUUGUGUCUGGAGUAGAGAUGUUUGCUGGUAUUAGUUCCACUUGCUCCUUGAGACAAUUGAAACUGAACUCCUUGGUGGAUACAGUUGGUUACCUGCUGCAUUAAGUAAGAUUCAGUGUAGUUUAUGUUUUAGCAGGAUUAAGUGCAGUGGGUAUCACAGCCUGGAGCUUGUUAAAGCAUAGACAGCAAUAGGAAACCACUGCCUUUACCUCCCAGAUUAAUAAUGUUAACUUUGGCAUAGAAGAUCAGCUGGCAUCAGGGUAAGCAGUGAGAGUAUGUGGGGUGGCAGCCAUGAAAGAAUCUCCAGCUCUUGGGAAGAUACUUAAUUAUGAUUAACCACAACAAAUGACCUGUUCUGGGUGGAGCAUUAAUCAUGAGCAACCACAACAAAUAACUUGGGAAUGUGGAGGGGCCAGGUCUGCAUGGUUGAAAGAUGAAGAACAGUUCUGCUACCAUCAAUACCCUCCAGCAUCUCCAAAGACACUUAGGUAAUCUUGUUUAGUUAUUUCAGAAUUAGUUAAAGCUGCUUGUAAGGUGGAGCUUGAGAUGCCUCUUGCAGUGAUGGUUUUUGGAAGGCCUUGUGGGAGACGUUUGUUUGGAUGGAAGAACAGGUAGUUACUUGUGAUAAGGCAGAAUUGCCUAGAAGUGUGGUUUUCAUCCUGAAGGGUUCUGAAACGCUCAGGAUAGCGUCUGAAAAGCCUGCUAAUUAUUCCCUGGGAAAUUUUAGCAUAUUGAGCUGAAUUUGUGGAUAGUAUAAAUCCAGGUGCCUUUAAAUGUUACUUUUAUCUAAUUUUCUUUAUGAAGCGACCUCUUGCUUUUCUUAUGGGUGUGAUGAUUCCCAUCUGUUUUCUAUGUCACUGCGUAAAGGUUCUUAAAAGGAAGAUGGACUGUUGCCAGAGCGAGCAGCAGAAAUUGCCGUACGGGCAAAUAACCGACUUGUGUGAGCUGUUUGUAGCAGUCAGCGUGCAGCUCCGCACAGUCGGGGUAUUUGUAGGGCUGUGGGUGCCAUCUAGUCGCUGCUUUGCAGAAUGCAACUGACAGCAGGAGAGCACUCCAAAUGUAAAUGAGGCAUUUGACGCUUAUAGGAAAGCGGAUUCCUGUCUUUAGUCAUUACCUCUGCCAGUAGUGAUGAGAAAAAAGCAUUGAAGCAGUUGCUUUCCCAUUGGUGAAUGUAUUGGCUAUUCAGCAAUAAAAAAAAAAAGGAAAGAUGGAGGAAAAUCAGAAGACUUGCAGGCAGCACCAGCACCCCUCAGUUUCUAGCUGAAUUUGCUUGCUUUGCCAAAUUAGAAGGUCUUUGCCCAAAAAGUAUGCUGCAGAAAAAGAAGUCUCUAUGAGAGGGCAACCCAGCACUGAAAAAGUUGAUUGUAAUCCAAAAAGUCAGGGAUUUCCAAACUCCUGCCCCACUUCAGUCGCUUCCCUAAGGUUCCUUUUCUCUUAGAUGCUUUCUAUAAAGUGUCUUUUCUUUGUGGCAGGUAUGAUGUCUUUGGUAAACGUGGUUUAACAGAGCAUCUUCCUUCUGAAUUAUAUGCUCUGAUGCUUUGAUGACGGGUCAAAGCUACUCAUGCCAGCGCACUAGGAAGAAAUUCUCUUUGUCAGGUGGAUGGUCUGUCCUAGCUGAACACAAGGAAGAUGCUUUCAGCGUCGGUUAAAGUUUGAGCAAGGGAAAAGGUAUCUACAGACAGCUUCUCUCAGGUCAUGUGCUGAGUUAGAGAAGAGAGUUGGGAUGAUAUGUGUUCUGCUCUAACAAAAAAAGGGACCAAACCCAUAAACUCAUGCUAAGUCUUUCCAGUAUUUGUCCUCUUAGGACCAGGACCUCUCUUUCACAUUUUUUGAGGCGAGUGCUUUGGAUCCAUGCAAGCAAGCUUCCUGGACAGCUGUUGUCAUGAUUGACUGCGGAAUACAUAUUGCACCGUGUGGAGGAAGGUCAUCUCUUGUCAUAUGGACCGGGUACUGCUGUCCUUGUCCUCUGUUUUUGGUAGGAAGCGUCCUCCUUCGUGUGUUUUCCUUAGGAUUUCCAAUGUCUCUUGCUGCAGAGAAGCAGCAGCCUCCUCUUUGGUGCUUGAGGAUGUUUAUUCUGCUUACCUGAGGGUUCAGGAAGAACAAAACGAAUCUUUAGAAGUCAGAAAUGAAUGAGGAAGGUGGUGGUGAUGAAGCAGUAAGGUCCAAGCAUGGUAACUCUACUUCUCAGCUCUAUGUUUCAUUACAUCCUCUUCAGCUGUUGUUUCCCAGUGUUUGCCUUCUGACCUGCUGUCCUGUCACAUCGAGCUACCAAGCCUCGUGCUACCCCAGAGCGUGGCCUGGUGUCGGGUGUAAUCCUCGGACUGGAACACUGCCAUCUCCCUGUGGCUUUAUGAUGAGGACAAGGCUAAGGGACGGCUGCCUGGCAGAGUCAAACACCGCUUCCUCUGCAGCAAAGGGAAGAACCAACACCAGCAAAUGCCAUCUCCGUCUGCCUGGAUCUCAGUGCUGUUACAGGACAUGGAUUUGUAUCUCUCACAGUGUGGCCUUUGGGCUGCUGGCGCGUCCACCUCCUUCCUCCGUGCUGUCCCCUUUGGGCACUCGGUGGCAGCCGUGCUGGCGGUGCCCCUUCAGUCCCGGGGUGCUGGGGUCACCGGCUCCCUUUCUGGGUCCCAGCACGGUGCCGGCAGCCCCCUGCCCUCCGCGGCGCGGUGCCCGGGUGACGAUGUAUUUGUAUAAACGUUAUUUUGUCACCAGCAAUAGUAAUAAACCUUCCCGUUUUCGCA